GAAAAUCUUUGAAGAAGGUAGGAAGUAUACUGAAGCGGGCAGUCUAUGAAGAAGCCUUUCGGUAAGCACAUCCUUUCUUUUCAUCAACUUGCAUUCUCAACCUUCUUCAAAACUUUCGAAUUGAUCAAAAAACAAUAGUUCGACGCUAGAAGAUAGAGGAUACUGAAGCGUGCAGCCUGUGAAGAAGCCUUUCGCCUAGCCCAGCAUUUCUUUUCGCGUCAUUUGGAGAAAGCACAAUCCACAAUAGCAAGAUAUCGGAGGUGGGUUAAGGGUUUUUUAAAGGAAGAAUAAAAAGCAGCUAUGGAAGCCGCUGGAGUUGGUUUUGUAAGGAACAAGAAAAAAGCAACAAUGGAAACUGCUGGGUUUUGUUUGGGUGAAAAGAAUGAAAGGAAAGGCGAACCUAAGAGCUUGGGUUCGCGAAGAACCCAACUCGCGAGGUUCGCAAGGAACCCAGCUCGUGGGGUUCGCGAGGAACCCAACUUGCCAGGUUCGCGAGGAACCCAACUCGCUGGAUAUGCAUUGGAUGUGAAUAUAGAGAGGGUAGAAGAUGUUCUAAUGCACAAGAGAUUACUGCAUUUGGCUCAUGAUCCUGCCAAUAGGCCUGCAAUUGAAGUCCAUCUAGUGCAAUUUCAGUCCAUUAUUGGUGGGAAUUUAGCUGAUUCUAAUCUUUCAGACUUUGUGAGUGAAGUAGUUCUCGAGCGUCCUCUAGAAUCAUCUAACAGAAAGAGGUGUGAAAGCCCUAGAGAUUUCACGAAUGUCGUGAACCCAAGACCUGAGUUCGUCGCGAAUGUGCAAGAUAGGUUCCUCGCGAACCCAGGCUCUUGGGUUCGCCUGGAGCCUGGGAAGAUUGCAAAGGAGGAAGUUGAAGCUUGGCUAGAGAAAACAGACCAAGAAACUGCAGAAAAAGUGGUUGAAGAUCUAAUCUGCAAAGGGGGCUGUUUCACAUAUAUUUGCUCCUCAAGAAAGCUUAAUAAAAGGACUCAAUCACUGACUGAAGGAAUAUUUAAGCAAGGAGAAAAAUACACUAGUACUGGUGAGAGUUUGGUCCUAGACACUCCCUCAAUUGAGUAUUGGGCAACUGCAUUUGAAGAAAAGCAGGAAAGGCUGAAGCACCAAAAGGAAGACAUUGAAGCAAAUUUGAAGACUCAAUGUAUGCAACUUAGAAAGAUUGCAAGGAAGGAAGUUGAAGAGUGGCUAGAGAAAGCAAGCCAACAGAUUGGCAUAAAGGUUGAAGGUCUGAUCAACCAAGGGGAAUGUUCCUCAUCAACCAACCUCAAGAAAAACAUUGAAGAAUUGAAGCAAAUACUUGAGGAAGGAAAGGAAUUUACUAAUGCUGGUGUAAGUUUGGUCAUAGAUGAUCACUCAAUCAAAGGAGUUCCACUACUCGUUGAAGAAUGCAGGGGCAAGGAUGAUAUACAAGAUCAAAUUCUAGAAUGGUUGAAGGGAGAUGAGGUUACAAGAAUUGCAAUUUCAGGAAUGGGCGGUGUGGGCAAGACAACAAUUGUGAAGCAGGAGAAAGUUGGAAGUGAUGUGUUUUCAGAUGGCAAAAUUAAAAGAGAUAUAGAGCCAUUUGUGAAGCAAAUUUCUUAUGAAUGCCUAGAACCACAAUGCCAACAGUGUUUUUUAUAUUGUGCAUUGUAUCCUGAAGAUCAUGAAAUCCUAAAGGAGGAGUUAAUUGAGUAUUGGAUUGAGGAGGGGCUUUUAUAUAAAGAAGGGAAAACUAGGGAGGCAAUGAAUUGGAAAGGUCAUGAUAUACUCGAUAAGCUAGUUGACAACUGCUUGUUGCAAUCGGUUAAAAAUAUAGACAAACAAGAACGUGUGAGUAUGCAUGAUCUUCUCCGAGAAAUGGCACUGGAAGUCAGUCAAUUUUUUGUGAAAGCUGGCAUUGCCUUGGAAAAGCUACCAGAAGAGGAUGAAUGGAGAGAUUGUUUGAAAGUUUCUUUAAUGAGGAAUCACAUAAAAGAAAUUCUGUCAAGCAUGCCUUCUCUAAAGUGUCUUAUGCUCACAACCUUGCUAUUAUCCAAUAACAAUAUUUCAACCAUUCCAGAAGCUUUUUUUGAGCAUAUGCUUGGGCUCAAGAUUCUUGAUCUUUCCCACAAUCUUGAGCUAAGUAGGUUGCCAAGUUCUGUUUCCAAAUUGGAGAAGCUUACUACAUUAUUGCUGGGGAAUUGUGGCUUCUUAGAAGAGAGUUUGAAAUGUGUGUUUGAUGAAGAAAGUCUUGGUUUAUCACCACUUGUACCUCCCACAAGCUUUUUCCCUCUUAAAGAAAUCGAGGUUCUUCACUGUCAUCAAUUGAAGAAGGUAUUCUCAUCUGGAUGGCUGCUCCGCUACUUCCAAUCUCUAGAGACUAAUAAGGUUGAAAGUUGUCUAAAAAUGGAGGAGUUGAUAUCGUCAUCAGCACAUGAAGAAGAAAAAGUCACUCUACCCCAGUUACAAAGCUUGAAAUUGAUUGAAUUGCAUAAAUUGAAGAGCAUCUGUAGCUGCUCUAGUGUGUUGAUUUGUGAUUCCAUCUAGAGUCUGAUAAUUUACAAGUGUGAAAAGCUAAAAAGGAUUCCUUUGAAUUUUCACUUGCUUGAUAAUGCCCAAUCAUCUCAUCCUCCUUCUCUCAAAAAAAUUAGGGUAUACCCAAAAGAAUGGUGGGAAUCAUUGGCAUGGGACCAUCCCAAUGCAAAAGACAACCUUUGACCCUUCUGUGAAUUUCGGCAGAUUUAUUGGUGAUCCUAGGCAAAUUGAUUGGUGGUAGGGUAGGAGGCACUACAAAUGAAAGUGAAACGGAUUUCCAAAAGGAAGGGUUGGGUCAAUAAUAUGGAUGCCUCUUUAUAGAGUACAAUGCAAAAACUUGAGUGAAUGUAGAACAAUGCUAUGACGAGCUUGUCUUAAAGGUUGGAUUGUUUUCAUCUUCACCAAGUCCUCCUAUUUUCAAAUAUGUGAUAGGAAAAUAAUUACAAGAGCACUGCCACAAUUCACUAAUGCUCUUCCUAUGUUAAAAGUCAUUAAUUAAUUUGUAUAAUAUAAACUAGUAGAUUAUUUUAAGGAAUCAACACAUUGACUAAGGUUAUUAAAUAUUAGGCUCGGAUUGUUAAAGAUCCUAAAACCAUGUACUGACAGAAAGAAGCAUGAUAUGCAUGCCCACUCAAUUUUGCAUGAACAAAAUUUAACAUUUGAA